CUUCUUUGAUCCAAUGUGAGGAAUGCCAAGGAUGCCCCCCAACCUCGCACCACCCUCCUGUCUUACUGCAAGGAGCCUUGGGUCAUCUGCUAAGGAAUGAGGCCUGGAGGCAUCAGCAGGGACCAGCAGUGAAGGGAGAAGACCGGAGCCUGGUCUGGGUCACAUCUCACGGCACGAUGGAUGGUUCUCGCUCAGACGUGGGCCGCUGGGGCAGGAGCUUUUGGCAGCCCUCUGGCACACCUUCCCCAGAACCAGAGCCAGAGCCGGAACCGGACCGCCGUUCUCGCCGAGGGGGCCGCUCCUUCUGGGCCCGUUGCUGUGGCUGCUGCUCCUGCCGGAACGGGCCAGAUGAGGACUGGGGAUCUGAGCCCUAUGGAGACCGAAGCUCCAGGGGACGUGGGUCCAGCGCCGGGGGUCGGAGGCCUGACUCCCGGAGUGGCGGCACUGUGAACGCAGCUGGAGAUGGCACCAUCCGAGAUGGUAUGCUGGUGGUGACUGGUGUGGACCUGCUGAGCUCGCGCUCUGACCACAACCGCCGAGAGCACCAUACAGACGAGUUCGAGUACGACGAGCUCAUCAUACGCCGAGGCCAGCCCUUCCAUAUAGUACUUUUCCUGUCCAGGCCCUAUGAGUCCUCCGACCGCAUCGCCUUAGAGCUGCUCAUCGGCAGCAAUCCCGAAGUGGGCAAGGGUACCCACAUCAUCAUUCCAGUGGGCAAGGGGGGCAGUGGCGGCUGGAAGGCCCAGGUGACCAAGUCCAGUGGGCAGAACCUGAACCUCCGGGUCCACACUUCCCCCAAUGCCAUCAUCGGCAAGUUCCAGUUCACAGUCCGCACGCGUUCAGAAGCUGGCGAGUUCCAGUUGCCCUUUGACCCCCACAAUGAGAUCUACAUCCUUUUCAAUCCCUGGUGCCCAGAUGACAUUGUGUAUGUGGGCCAUGAAGACUGGCGGCAGGAGUAUGUGCUCAAUGAGUCUGGGAGGAUUUACUAUGGGACAGAAGCUCAGAUUGGCGAGAGGACCUGGAACUAUGGCCAGUUUGACCAUGGUGUUCUGGACGCCUGCCUGUACAUCCUGGACCGGCGAGGCAUGCCCUACGGGGGCCGUGGUGACCCCGUAAGCGUCUCUCGGGUCAUCUCUGCCAUGGUCAACUCCUUGGAUGACAACGGGGUCCUGAUUGGGAACUGGACGGGCGAUUACUCUCGAGGCACCAACCCUUCAGCGUGGGUGGGCAGCGUGGAGAUCCUCCUCAGCUACCUGCGCACAGGCAGCUCCGUGCCCUAUGGCCAGUGCUGGGUCUUUGCUGGAGUGACCACCACAGUGCUGCGCUGCCUGGGCUUGGCCACCCGGACCGUCACCAACUUCAACUCAGCCCAUGACACAGACACAUCCCUCACCAUGGACAUCUACUUUGAUGAGAACAUGAAGCCCCUGGAGCAUCUGAACCAUGACUCCGUGUGGAACUUCCACGUGUGGAACGACUGCUGGAUGAAGAGGCCAGACCUGCCCUCAGGCUUCGAUGGAUGGCAGGUGGUAGAUGCCACACCCCAGGAGACCAGUAGUGGCAUCUUCUGCUGCGGCCCCUGCUCUGUGCAGUCCAUCAAGAACGGUCUGGUCUACAUGAAGUAUGAUACACCCUUCAUCUUCGCCGAGGUGAACAGUGACAAGGUAUAUUGGCAGCGACAGGAUGACGGCAGCUUCAAGAUCGUGUACGUGGAGGAGAAGGCCAUUGGCACGCUCAUUGUCACCAAGGCCAUCGGCUCCAACAUGCAGGAGGAAAUCACUAGCCUCUACAAACACCCAGAAGGCUCUGAAGCAGAGCGGAAAGCAGUGGAGACAGCGGCGGCCCAUGGCAGUAAACCCAAUGUGUAUGCCACGCGGGAUUCAGCUGAGGACGUGGCCAUACAGGUGGAGGCACAGGACGCCUCGGUGGGGCAGGACCUGAUGCUCUCUGUGGUGCUGACCAAUCGUGGCAGCAGCCGCCGAACUGUGAAGCUGCACCUCUACCUCUCCGUUACCUACUACACCGGGGUCACUGGCUCCGUCUUCAAGGACAGCAAGAAGGAAGUAACACUGGCGCCGGGGGCCUCUGACCGUGUGGAGAUGCCCGUGGCCUACAGGGAAUACAAGCCCCACCUGGUGGACCAGGGGGCCAUGCUGCUCAAUGUGUCAGGCCAUGUUAAGGAGAGCGGGCAGGUGUUGGCCAAGCAACACACCUUCCGUCUGCGCACCCCAGACCUUUCCCUCACGUUGUUGGGAGCAGCGGUGGUUGGCCAGGAGUGUGAAGUCCAGAUUGUCUUCAAGAACCCCCUACCCACCACCCUCACCAAUGUCGUCUUCCGGCUCGAAGGCUCAGGGCUACAGAGACCCAAGAUCCUCAAUGUUGGGGACAUUGGAGGCAACGAGACAGUGACAUUGCGGCAGACGUUUGUUCCCGUGCGCCCAGGCCCCCGCCAGCUCAUCGCCAGCUUGGACAGCCCCCAGCUCUCCCAGGUGCACGGCGUCAUCCAGGUGGAUGUAUCUCCCGCCUCUGGGGAUAGGAGCUUCUCAACUGCUGGAGGUGACAGUCGCGAAGAAGAGAGCAUCCCAAUGGCAUCUCGAGGUGGCGCCUAGCCCCUGGGGCCAGCAGCAAUGGGACUGGAGUCUGAUGCACAAGGACACUGCCUCUGGAUCGGGCACUGCCUCUGAGCAGCCCCCCCCCCCCCCCCGGGGAGCUCAGGUUGGGAGGCCGUGACACCUGGGGAGGGAGCCUGGCUUCACUUGCACUGGGCCAUGAAGAUGCUAAUAAACUGUUUUGUAAUGAA